AGCGCCUCGGAGCCGGCGGGGGGAAUAUGGCUACUGUAGCCAACGGAGUCGUGCAGCAGCAGCAGCAGCAGCAGCAGCAGCAGCAGGACAGCGCUCCGUUCAGCACCCCGAACAGCUCCGCCAGGAUGAACGGGCUCAGCCACGGCCAGGGCACCAUCGCCAUGAAGGACCACGAUGCCAUCAAGCUCUUCAUCGGGCAGAUCCCCCGCAACCUGGAGGAGAGCGACCUCAAGCCCCUCUUCGAGGAAUUCGGCAAGAUCUACGAGCUGACAGUGCUCAAGGACCGCUUCACCGGCAUGCACAAAGGCUGUGCCUUUCUCACGUACUGUGCCCGGGACUCUGCCCUGAAAGCCCAGAGCGCGCUGCACGAACAGAAGACGUUACCUGGGAUGAAUCGCCCCAUCCAGGUGAAACCAGCGGACAGCGAGGGUAGAGGAGAAGACAGGAAGCUCUUCGUGGGAAUGCUGGGGAAGCAGCAGAGUGAAGACGAUGUCCGGCGGCUGUUUGAGCCCUUUGGACAGAUCGAGGAAUGCACCAUCCUCAGAGGGCCUGAUGGAGCCAGCAAAGGAUGUGCCUUUGUAAAAUAUGGGAGCCAUGCAGAGGCUCAAGCAGCCAUCAACAGCCUUCACGGCAGCCAAACUAUGCCGGGUGCCUCCUCCAGUCUGGUGGUGAAGUUUGCAGACACAGACAAGGAGAGGACCUUAAGACGGAUGCAUCAGAUGGCAGGACAGCUGGGGAUCUUCAACCCAAUGACUAUCCAGUUUGGAGCCUAUGGGGCAUACACGCAAGCGAUAAUGCAGCAGCAGGCAGCCCUGAUGGCUGCAGCACAAGGGACCUGUCUGAACCCCAUGGCAGCCAUCGCCGCCGCCCAGAUGCAGCAGAUGGCAGCCUUCAAUGUCAGCGGGCUGGUGGCUGCGCCUAUGACCCCCUCAUCAGGUACAAGCACACCUCCAGGGAUCAGCACUGCACCGGUCCCCAGCAUAGCCACGCCCAUUGGAGUGAAUGGGUUCAGCCCCCUCCCACCACAGACCAAUGGGCAGCCAGCAUCAGAGACCAUUUACACCAAUGGAAUCCAUCCGUACCCAGCUCAAAGUCCCACUGUGGCAGAUCCCCUCCAACAAGCCUACGCAGGCAUGCAGCACUAUGCAGCAGCAUACCCAGCAGCCUAUGCACCUAUCAGCCAGGCCUUUCCCCAGCAAGCUCCCAUCAUUCCACAGCAACAGAGAGAAGGUCCCGAAGGCUGUAACCUGUUUAUUUAUCACCUGCCCCAGGAGUUCGGAGAUGCGGAGCUCAUGCAGAUGUUUUUGCCUUUUGGCAAUGUCAUCUCUGCCAAAGUCUUUGUUGACCGUGCCACCAACCAAAGUAAAUGCUUUGGUUUCGUCAGUUUUGACAAUCCAACUAGUGCUCAGGCAGCCAUUCAGGCCAUGAACGGCUUCCAGAUCGGCAUGAAGAGGCUAAAGGUCCAACUAAAGCGGCCAAAAGAUGCUAACAGACCCUACUGACCCCUGCUCACCCUGGCCCUGCAAACAGGUUGGAUGCCCUGCAGCGUUUGAAGAGUAUUCCCCUUUUCCCAAGUGCAGUAUCCAAACUUGUAACUCUCUUUCUUUGCAACAUAUCAUGGAUGAGGAGGAGGAGGAAGAAGAGGAACCAAUGGAGGAGAAGAAACACCGGUGAAAAAAAAGAGAGCCAUUUCGGUUGUAUCUUUUCUUUUUCUUUUUUAAUUUUCCAAUCGAUUUUGUUUGUUUCUUAACAAGAAGGGAAGGAAGGACGAACAGACAAAAGGAAGAGAGACACGAUGUUGGACAAAGGAAACAGGUGCAAAGAUUUGCUUAAACUCUGAAACGGCGGCUGCUUGAGAAGACUUUGUGAAUUCCUCAUGUGGAAAAAGGCAGGAUUCUUGAAAGGGAUAAAAAACAAACCAGCCCAGGAUUGUCAGCUGGGACAGCUCAGUUGCGAGGACAAAAACCUACCUUUUUAAAGCACUCAUUUGCUGCUACAAAUUUCAAAGGAGGAACUAGGAAAGAGGCUCCAAACGGAUAUAAACCAAAGCCAGUGGGAAUGGACCAGGCUUGUAUGUUUCACCUGGAUAACGUUUUGUUUAAAAGGGAAAAAGGAAUUGAUUUUUUUUUCCACAUCUGGCUGGAAAAAAACAGAAAAAGAAAUCAAAUGAUAAGAGGAUGUUGGACUUAGAGAAGAUAUAUAUAAAUAAGUAUAUAUAUAUAUAUCUAUAUAUAUAUAUAUCUAUAUAUAUAUAUAUAUAUAUCUCCCAUGGAGCAGGGCGGCGGGAUCUGUUUCUCCCCGCCUGCUUGUCACUGGCACAGGGACAUAGGAUUACUUCUUUCAAGUCAUAUCAUUCCUUAGAGUUUAGGGACCAAAGGACUAUUGCUUUUUUAAAUAUAUAUAUAAAUAAAUUAAUUUAAAAAAAAACAAAAAGAAAAGAAAAAAGGUAAAAGUAUCAUGUAAAAGCUGCAAGCAUUUCAAAGAGAAACACAAAUCAAGGUAACUAAAAGGAACUUUGUUUGCAGUGUAGUGUGUUCCAGUGGCCUAGUGACUGCAUAGGUGGUAGGAGUUCAAAGGAGUAAGUAGCUGGGGAGUUUUUCUGGGGUUAUGGAACGUGGAAAGAUAGUAUUUCUAUUACAGCAGCCUCUUCUCCCCUCCCCUCCACCCACCCAGCAAAACAAAAAAAAAAAAGGGAAUCAAAGUUCGUGGUGCACUAAGAAAACUGGUCAAAAGACCUGAUUUUAUUUCCCUGAGGAACAUCAAAGGAAAAUCAUUGCUUCUGAAAUUCUUCACAAAAUAUUUGGACUUUCAAGAGACAAACUUGCAGUGAAAGCUAUGGUUUGUUUCUAAUGGAAGCAUCCAGUUUCUCCCCAGUGGUAACAUUUCACUGUUGGUGCAGGUGCAUUUUGCAUUUAAGAACUUUCGGUCAACAUUUUUUUGACCAGUUUUUCAUUUUGUGGGAGUGAUGAGGAGGGUAUUGCAACUUUAGCUAGCUAACAAAAACAUUUAUGAUCUGAUUCUCAUCUCAUUUAUGCUGUGUAUGAGAAGAGAAUCAGACCCAUCAACCUAUACCUGCAGGGCCAAACCCAGCCCCUGGUUACACCAGUGCAUUAAAGUCAUUCAUUGCAUUACCAGCAUAAGAAUUUGGCUCAGAAGCUACAGAUAGACUGAGAUCUGUGAAACAUGAGUAUCUAAUGCUCUAGCAUGAGGCUUUAUUAGACUAUGCCAGACACAUAUGUAAAGCAUACCACUUCUCCAUGAGCUCACUCACAUAUGCAGCAUCUCUCCUCUAUCCCCUCACCAAGACUUGGCUUUUCUGUCAGAAAGGGUCAAAAAUACGCAUCAGGAUACAUCUGCCCCUUGAACUUAUCUCACUGAUAGCUGCAUUGCCCAAGGGAAAUAACAUGCCAGUUAGUAAUAUCAAUUUAAAUAUCAAGGGCUGGAUUCUGCACUGAUUUACACCCUCUGCCAUUCCAGCAGAGACAAAUCAGCCUGCAUGGGGCAACCAUCUAAGCUUAUCUUGACCCAUCAAGUUUAACUGAGGUCAUAAUUCAUCCCUGAAGUAACUGCAACAGGCCACCUUUCCUUCCACUUUCAUUGGUGUUAAUCUAGAAUAAUACCCAUGAAACCUAUAGCUAUAUUCUUGAUUUACAGGCAGUGGAACUAAGAGCAGACUUGAUUCAGUUGACUUCAGUGGAGGCACAUGUGGACAAGUUAGGAUAUAGGUCUCUAGGAGGCUGUUGUUACACAAGGAUUAUGAGGAAUAAUCCAAACCAUCUGUGUUUCCUCCUUCUGGAUGCAUGGUUACUUACACCUCCUUCUUGGGGUUCACAACAUAACCAAGCCAUCAGGAUGGAAAUAUAGCUUCCUGUGGUCCCUGGUGGAAGAGUUUUGAAUCUGUGAUGAGAGGGAUGAACAGACUCUGGGUUAAGUCCAGCCAGGUAGACCUCCAGUCCAACUCCCCUCAGUCCACAGGCAGUCCACAUUUGCCUCAUCAUCAGGUUCAGGUGUUCAGGCCCACUUUCCAGGCUAAUUCCCCAUCCCUAUUCCAUAUGUCCAGUACAAUAGAGGCUCCUUCAUGAAAGCUAAUCUCUGCCUUCCCUCACUUCCAGGUGAAGUUAAGAUACCACACACCAAACAGACUAGAGGGGGACCAAUUUCAAGACCCCAGGAGACUCAGUUUCCUUGUGCCAUCGAAAUGUAGAGAGUCACAAGGAGAAAACUUGUUCUUACUGGAAUCCAUUGGAGUUUCACCAUUGACUUCAAUGAGUCCAGCAUUCACUGUAGCUGUUAGGACCAGAAGGGGCAAUUAUGCUCUAGUCUGACCUCCUACAUAGUAGAAUUUCACCCGGUUAUUUGUCUGUCAUACCCAAUAAUGUAGUAGAUUUGUAAAAGCCAGUGCCCCGUUUCCCAGCCAACCAUACAUGCAUGUAGGCAUACCACUCUGUUCCCAACAGAGACUCUGUGAUUAUCUCGGUUUUGGCCCUUGACUCCCCUUCUUUGAAAUUCUUAAAAGUGGCUGACUUUAUGUUCCAUUCCUCCCUGCCACUGGGACAGCCUUUCCUUUGAGUCAAGAGGCCCUUUAAAAUUCCACUUGUUCUACCAGCAGGCAUUGUCCUUUUUUUAACCUGGACUUUCUUGUAAUUUGAUGGCAUUACCCCUGCAUAGCAGGAAAACCCUGUAGGACAGAUGGGAUCUUCAGGGGGAAGGAGGACUGUAGCGCCUGUGGGAUCCUCAAGGAACAGGCAUGUGGUUUUCCUUUCACCCAUCUGCUGCUUUUCUUUCCUGUUGCCAUAAGGCAUCAGUUUGUGCCUUCCCAUGUGCUUACCCCUGCCACCAUGAGCUUACCCCUGCCAUCCUGAGAACAGAUGGAAGGAAUCAGGCUAACAUCCACAAAGUGAAAUGAUACAGAAUCUAAAAUUAGAUAACUGAGUUGUGGCCCAGUGUCUGCUCCUGGGGGAUGAGGGAACAUCUCAAACCUCAAGGCAGGCAUCUUUGUGGGAUGGCUCAGUGCCUGACCCCCACUCUGCUUUAGCUCUCUGAGUACCCAUUAGCAUGUGAGUACCUUGCAUUCCCUGCAGUCCCUAUGAGUACCACUCUGGGUGUCACCUUUCAGAGGACCCCUUGGCAUGCAGUACAAAAUCCAUCACCAUGGUCUGUAGGGCUUGGGUUUGUAAGCAUCCCUCAAUCCAGACCCACCUAACUACUUGCUGAGUCACAUGAUAUGUUAUACAGCAGCUAAAUGCCAAAUAUAGACACAUUCAGACUUGUUUUAUUCAGUUGCCCACCCUCUUUAUACCACCAAAGCAGUAGCUUGGAUUCACUUUGCCCUGCAGGAGGACAAAGGCAGCAUUUAUUCUCCAAUUAAUUUUUUUUCAGGGCUAAAUUAGAUGGCACCUUGAAAUAAUGUAGUGUGUGGCUGCUGUGGAAGGAGGAGGGGUGUUAGGCACUGCACAUACAUAAUGUUUUCAUAAUGGUUAGAGUGAGGCAUUAGGUGCAAAGACCCAAGGGCAUUGUUCCAGAUGCUACUUCAUGGUCAACGCAUGAGAUUAAAGAUUUAUUUUCAAAGUCGCUUAUCCUUGCCAUGCCAUGCCCCCAUUCCCCUAUUCAGAGAACAAGGAUAAUAAUUGAUGCCUAUAACACAAGCAGUGCUGUACAGCAUAAUUCAUUGGCUUUUGCCAGCUGGUUUGAGAUCCUGGGGUGGAACACCUUGAAAACGAUCAGUAUUAUUUAUUCUGUAUCAAGCAGAUACUGUAAUGUGCCCUCCCAUUUAGUAAAACUAGAAUCAUGGACCCAAAAAAGAGCCCUCCCACUCCAUAGUGUUAAAGCCAAUUAGUUUCAUGUUUUAUAAUAAUUAAACUAAACUAAAUGGAUUCUAUUAGAGCAGAAUCUGUCAGUCCCAUGGACUGUUUACUACUGGCUUUGCUGUGUGUUAGUGCUGACUCAUCAUAUAGAUUGCACCCAGGGUACGGGGAGAUUGCUCUCUGAAUGGGUAAAGAAAAGUCACUGUGCCACCAGCACCCCCCAAGAAUGCCAUUCAUGGUAUAAAGUGGCUGCUGCUAUUGAAGAUAUUAGUUAAUGUGGAGCUAGGUGGUCCGUGGAAACAGUCUGAAAGUGGGCAAAGGGGCCUCUAGGGUAAUACAAUUUAGACAGGGAUGUUCCUGCCUUGAGCAGGGGUUCGGACUUGAUGACUUCCCAAGGUCCCUUCCAGCCCUAUUUUUCUAUAUGAAGCCCAGCAUCCCAUAAAACCUUCUCACUGUCUUGCUUUUCUUGUGCCAAAUGCCAUGAUCCAUGGGGUCAGUGCUGCCAGAAACAAUGGGUUUCUAGGGGUUGCCUCUCAAUCUUUCAUUGAUUUCUGUUCACAUCCCUAGAACUGUUUUCUGCCUUACAGUGCCACACUCCAAAGCAUCACACCAGAGCCGCAGUACCUGCUUCACAGUAGAACAUAACCUGCCCCUGCCUCUUAGCACUGGUGUUUACCCCAUCACACUUGCACCUUGAUGAUUCUCCCUGAGGCCUGCAGCUACCCCAUGAGGGAGAAGGGCUGUGCUUCUCUGAGUAACAUCAGUCAAGGGCCAAAUCCUGAUGCUUGUUGCACUUGUGUAACCCCACCCCACUUUGUCCUUUGGUCUUGAGUGACCAAUUUGCGUGAUGUCACAGGAUUCUUGUGGCCCAUGAACAAGCUGGCCAAAGCCUCAAGGGGAGGAGAGGAGAGGAGAGGAGGUUUGAGGGGAAAUUAGGGAAAUGCCCAGCCAAAGGGGAUGCUGGAUGCACAAGGCAUGUGAGGAGACUGGAUGCGGCUAGUGCCCUUCACAGCUCACAUUCCAUGGUUCAGUUACUGGGCCACUGGACUCCUUUUUCUGUGAUCCAUUGUUACAUUUCCUAGUGGUUUAGAACAGAAUGCUUUUGUAGAACGUUAGCGUUUAAUGUAGGAUAUUCCCUCCGUUUGAAAAUGAACUAACAAGCAAACAAACAAAAAAGACAAUCGACUUUAGUGAUCAUGUGAAAGUGACUUUUUUUUGUAAAAAAACAAAACAAAACAAAAAAUUAUGUACAACCGAGGGGCUACAAUCAGCAAAUGAUACUCAUAGUACAAGGGAACGGCAUGUUCCAAGCUCUACUUCAAACAGCAGACCGCUGUAACGAACACGGGACCUGGGAGGUGCGACAGCCCUGCCGCUCCAGCUGCCUACGGGAAAGUUAACGAGUGGCCCAGUCCUUGCUCUUAGAUAACUGGCCUGAGAAUUCAGUGGCUUCCUCCCUGCCCAUCUGCCCACUUUAGGACUCGGCACUCAGCAUACAUGUUAGCUCAACCAGGCUACUUUCAGAGGCAUAGAGUUGGAUGGGUUAGACUCUGUGCAAUCUACAAUAAAGGCACUGCAGUCCCAGGAGAGCUACGACCUUAAGUUUUAGAAUGGAAUUUACAACUUACGAUCACCUGCUAAAAAUAGUUGUUUAGACCAAAAGUCAAGGUACUGCAAGCAGGUCUUGAUUAUGCCUCAUUAUGGUGUUUCCUAAAGCCACAUGCCUUUGCUCAUAAUGGGGGACUAGCUACAGAGUGCUUGAGUCAUGUAAUCAGUAUGUCACCUAUUACCAAAAGGUAAGAAAUUUACUCACAGGACAGAGGCCCUGGUUCUCCUCCAUUUUGCACCCUGUGUCGUAAAUGACUGUAAGACACUGCCCAGCCUGAAUGGUCACAUCUUGCAUCCAUUUGGUCACUGUGCAACAAGAGACAAAAGAUAUGGGACAAUGGAAACUUGGGCCUGCCAUCUUCAGACCAACCACUGACAUGAACCACUACUUUUAGUUCCUUGAAUAAGGCAAACGCUUUUAGUUGUUAAAUGAUUCCCUUAAAUUACAAAUUUUGGAAAGGUUUUUUUAAGUGUCUUGGGACAGUGUUCUCUUCUGGUGUCCCAUUGCCUGCUAUUUUGGUUUGGAAUAGCUGCCCACGAAGUUUGGGAACUGCUCAUCUCUAAGUGAUGGCAAAGUGAAGGGGAUCAGCUUUGCUAGCUUGUUCCACUCUGGGGACUGAACAGCAGUGGAGAACAAAGAAGUAAAGGCUCUACAGGAUCUGUUAGGCAAGGCCUGACAUUAUGGUAGAGAGAAGUAAAGCUAGCCUGGCUAUUCACUGUCUGAAAACAACCUAGUCUAUCAGCUUAGGACUGACACAGACAAGAGCUUUAAGGCAUGUUAUUAGCUUAAUGGCUUGGAUGCCACAAAAUAGGAAUUCAGCCCAGGGUAAGAACCUGACUAAAAUAGAAUAGGAAUAGAUGUGAAUAGUUGGUAAGCAGUAGACACGGAGCCAACAGAACAGGGAGGCUUAGACAGUGGGCCUUCAGAUCUUUGGAAUUUUACCGACUAUCCCAACCCCACAGAAGUCUUGGGAGGAGAACUUCUUGUGACAUGCUUUGAGACCAUGGGAUGAAGGACGCUUUCUGCAAGAAGAUGAUUACUAUUUUAAAGUUCCUCUAAGAAUUUUAAAUCAUACCUUUAAUUCACUGGUCAGUGAUUGAUCCUAAAACUCUUUUUCAUAUCAUUAAGGUCACAGGCUUUGGUAAUGCUGGAUUCCCUGGCAGGAUGGACAAUCCAAGUGUAAAAGGCCAAUUUGCCCCUUCUCUUCCUUAAAUUUAGCAGCAGAAGAAUUAAAUGGGAGAUUUCCAAAGGGAUCUAAGAGGCACCUAAUUUUCUUUGGCUUCUGCCAGGAGUUGGGUGCAUAGCCCCCUUAAGGCCCUUUGGAAAGCUCAGCCCAAAAGAGCCUCCCUGAAAGGCUAAGACAAGAGCUGAGGACCUGCCCCAUGAAUUGCUUUCUGUUCCAUUUUCCCCAGUGGCAUAAAAGAGAAAUGGAAACAACUAAGCUGAGGGCAACCGGAGGGGUGAGAGCAGCCAGAAUAAAUAAUGCAGUAAUGCUCUAAUUCCAGCCUUGAGCUAUCUUGCUUGGUGCAGUGUUUGCUCUGCCAUCUCCUUCAAAAGCCCUGCUGAUUCUCCAGCACCAAAGUAAGUUGGACCAGACCAUGAUGUGACCAGGAGGUGUUGUCUGAAGGGUUCGUGGAACACCUUCAUCUCAGUGUCUUGGACGAGCUCUUUAUUUUCAGCUCACAGAUUUUACUUUCUAGCAGUUGCCUGCAAACGUGGUUUCAUUAUUGGUUCCCUUCAGUGGAAGAGAUAAUCUUUUCCCACCUCCGUCUUUGUAUACCUGCCAGGACCUACAGCCCCUUGUUCUGUAGCUGAGGUACCAGUUGCUUCUAAGAAAGAGGAUACCUUCUUGCCCAGUGUGAAAUAGUUUCUAUAAUGUCUUAUGGAAGGGUGGCUGCUUGUUCAUAGCCACAUGAGACCUUGAUCUGGGUCCUCAGCUGGUUUAAGUAUGUUUAGCUUCAUUGAACUGAAUAGAAUUGAAUUAAGUGAAUCCCAUGGAAUAAUGCUGAUUUACGCCAGCUAAAGAUCUGGCCCUGUCUUCUUCCCAUCCAUUUUUCAUUAUGAAGCAAUUGAGGUAAGGGCUCAAGCAGGCAAGUGAAUGAAUUGGCCGAAAACAUAGAACUAGAAGCUACUGGAUUCUUUCUUGACAACAUCUGCAGUAAGAUGGUGGCCAAGUACCAUCCAUCCCUCCUGGAAAUUCCAGAUGUGGACUUCCAGCCGGAUCCUGUCCAUUCAAGGUGGCUGUUAAUGGGGGUUUGAGAAACAAGCAAUUUUUUGUUUGUUCCUAGGAUUACAGGAACUUCUGUAGAAACUAGAGCAGGUCAGCUGAAGGAUUCAGAUGGAGCUGCCUGGAAUUUUCCCUCUCCAUUGACUUCCUCAGAGGUACUGUCCCACUGAGAUUUAUCCAGCAGGAAAGUGAGAGCAGGAUCAAAACUGAAAGGUUUCCACUUUAGGAUCCUCCAGUAUUAAAAAGCACUCAAUUCCAGGCUAGACUUAAUGACGGAAAGGCAGUGGCAUGGUUAAUUCAUAAGCGUCAUUCAUCUAGUCACACUGCCCGUACAGCCCUGAAAACAGAGGGUGCCCUUUGGAGCUGAAACUGCACCAGCAUAACUCCAUUAACAAGAACUAUUCCUCCCAUCCCACAGGUGUAAAUCAGGAGUAACGUCAUCAAGUCAGUGCAGUUAGACUACUUUAAAACCAGCAUGACUGGGAGGAAGACUGGGCCAGUAGAGGGCUGCACAGGCUGUACAGGGCUGUAUAGAGGGCUGCACAGCACUCGCUCCAAUGUUCAGUGUGUUGAAUAUUAAUAGAUAUGUUUUAAGAGAACCAGUAGAAAUCUUGAUCUCUGCCUUCCUCUGAUGUCAAGGGACUCUGAGGGCAACAGUGACAUCAGCUCCUUCUGAACUAAAACAGAGAUGGGCAGGUUGUAGUUGGAGGAGGAAGGGUAGAAUGGGGCAAAGUUGAGCUGUCAGGAUGUUUGCCCUCUUGCUUCCUGGAUCCCAUCUGCCUACAAAACACCAGUCUAAGAUGCAAAUGCACUGGGUCCUGGCCGGGCAUCAGCAGUCUUGCUCCUAGGGCAAGAUCCUAGGUGACAGGCAUUUGAGACUCAGCUAAAUCACAAUGACAGACAUGCCGACAAUAGCAAGCAAGACUUAGGCCAGCUUAUCUUUCCCUUUGGGAUACUUUCCCCAGGCAUCUGGAAAGGGCUGUGCGACAGUGGGUCUGCAGCGCUGCUGUGUGUGCGUAGAAGUCUUUAUUACUCUAUCCUAAACAAUGCUCUAAUAUUGCCUUCAUUCUGCAGUGCAGUCACCCAUGCCUGAACUCUUUUAUCCUUGAGCCUUGGCAGACUUCUUAAGGAACAUGCUCAGGAGAAUCAAAAUCUGUCUGGGAGCCUCCUGGCUGGCAUUACAGGGCAAGCCUAGAACACCUUUCACAAGAGGAUUUCCCCCUCUUGAGUAUUAUGAGGUAUUAAUGUCACAAGAGAUGCAGGGGCAGGACCGGUCUUGAGCCCUAGAUGUUAGAGACAGGAUGCUAGCCAGUGCACUCUGCCAUUAUUUCCUGAUAGGGUCAAAUGGCCACAUAAAGGCGUUGUCUUGGCUUAUCAAACCCCAUCACUAAAGGUGCCAUGGUGGGUCCCAGGGAACUCACAUAAUCAAAAGCAGCCCAUUCAUUGCAAAGGGCUGCAACAAAAGAAUUUCUACAUAACACCAAAUUACAAUUUUUCUGAAGGGAUCGAUACCAGUACUGAAAUCUGGUGGGAAUCUCAUGGAAAUACAAGGCACAGCAGCCACUGCUAAGGCAUGCAGGGCUGUGACCUGAGCUUGCCACCUCAAGCGGCCGUGUUCCUGUCUGGUGUAAAGUUUUCAGAUAUGGGGAAAGAGCCGCAACCGUGAUGAUGUAUGGAGGACCCAGUCCCAGCCUGGCCACUCUGCUCCCAGCCUUAUUUUCAUCCUGAGCAUGGUCCCUGUGAUUGGUAGGGGGGGCAUGGUACUCCCGGGCUGCCAGACCACCGCUGCAACCAGGAUGGUGUUACAGAGACUGUCAGUUCAAAGGUUCUUUCUGCAGAGUACAAGCAGAGGCAAAGAGACAGCAGCAGGGGUGGGUGGGCAGGGGGGACAGAUGAGCACCUUACCCAUGGGUGAUCUUGCCCCACCUUUUGAGAGUGGCAGUAUUUGAAAAGGGGAGGAAACAAAAUGGCAGCCAAGCCAUCACUGUGCCCCACACCCACCAGUUGCGCUGUGAAGGGUGUUGCAGGGUGUGUCACGAGACUCGGGUUCCAGUCCUGGCUCUUUGGCAAGUCAUGUCACCUCUUGGUGCCUCAGUCUUCCCAUCUGUUGAAUGUGGAUAAUGGGUUUGUACCAUUCUUUGAGAUCUCCCAGGAAAGGCACUACAGACAUGCAAAGUAUGAUUAUUCCAUGGUGCACUGUACAGUCUGACUGCCCUUUAGGGCAUAAGGGCAAGGGCUGGUGAAGAGAGGGCUAUGCACAGGUGACCAUUUUGACCCGUGAUCCUUAAUGACUCAUGGCCUGGCUUCUAGUUCCACUAGGGUCUUUGGAGACAUCCUCACAGUACAGUCAAGCAGGAGAGUAAUUAUCAAUCCCAUCCAACGUGAACUACCAGCCCUUGGCCCAGUCAAGCACAAUGAGCUGUCAGCACCCAGCACUGACACCUCCUAUGGUGUGAGGAGAGGUGCCAUUUAAAGGCUGUGUCUAUACAGGCACAUCCAGUGAGAUCAGGGCUCCGGGCUAAUUUGAGGACAUGCUGUGUGGGAAAGCAGAGCUAGCUGCUGCAGCAGAGAAAGCCCCAUCCUCAGAACAGGGUUUUGACUCCCCUCCUCUUGGGCACUUCAGGUUGUCUCUCGUCAUCCACACGGAGAGUGAUCCACCCCAGCCGACCUGGGGCUCCUCGGGCACCUCGGGGCUUGCCUUGUAUUCCAAUACUGUACAUUCCAGUCGAUCCCCAGGGCCAUUCUGGAUUGGAGCAUGAGGAUCUCGAAUUGCUUGGGAUCUGCCCAACUAUUAAAAUGACAUAGCAGCUCCUACCCAGCAAGAACCGCUCCUGACACCACUGUCAUGCGACUAAGGUGAGCGGGCAUGAGACCUGGCCUGGAGGAGAGGGGCAUCAAACCCUCAAAAUACAUGUUAAUCUUCAAGUCUGCAAUUGCAACUAACUGGUAUAUUUGGCUACAAAUGGAGACUCCUUAGAGGGAAAGGGGAGUAUUCAAAAUUAUUAAUCACUGGGAGAUAUGCAAGCCUUGACAGCAUUUGUGUAAAUGCAAGCACGUCCUGUUUUGGCUUCUCUAAACAAUAUCAAUCUUCCUCUACUUGUACUGAAUGGCAUCAGUAAAAGUUGUAUGUGUAUGUCAAGAGCUGGCUGGAAAACAUAAUGGAUUUUCAGUGAAAAAAAAAAACCAAACAGCAAAAAAAUCAUUUCUGUCACCAUUCUUCACUCAGUAUUUCAAUUUUUCAUUUUUUUUUAUUUAAAAAAUAAGGGGAAAAUCUGUUUUGAUGAAAUACCAGAUUUUUUUUCAGCAAAACUAGACAUUUUUGUGAGGAAAUCUCCACUUGGUCAGAAAGGCUUUUCAGUGAAACACAGUUGACCAGCUAUAGCGUGCAUUUGGUUGUCUCAGGUGAGAAAAUCAGGGCUAGAUCUGCAAAAACUGCUCCAAUGGCCACAACACAUCUCCUCCACUCCCACUGCUGAGGCUUUCUCUAGGAUGAGGCAUACCAAUAGGAUGAUGUGACAGUGCCUAGUUAAUGCAUCAGGACCUCCAUUGCACCGAGCAUCAUACAACAGCAGAGCCAAAAGACCUGGUUCUGUGUUUAUGCAGUCAAGAGCCACGGGCUAUACCAGAACAGCUUUGCUGUCCUCCCCGAUCUCCCUUGCCAACCCCUUCUAGAGCCAGAGCUGGGGACUGUUCUGUCACCAUGAGAUUUAUCUACUGAAACGACCAGCUGUUCUCUUUGUCUCUGCUUACCCAUGAUUGCCAACUAGCCACAGCAACUGUAUAUAAUAUAGCAUAUUUUUUAAUUCUAUUAUUAACUUUCUUUAUAAAUCAUGGUUUAAAACAA